AUGAAGCUUGACCUCGCCCUCCUCGCCGCCUGGUCUGCGGCCGUGGCCGCCGCAGAGGCCACGGGCUCCCCUAGGUCCAUAGACCUCGGCGCCUACUGCUACCCGCCCAUCCUCAACUCAGACGCGGCGCACCUCCUCUCCUGCCCCAGCGAGGACCUCGACCCGCGCUACACGGCGGGGCCGAGGACCCCGCCCCGCCCGCGCAAGUUCAAGAACCGGGACGCCCCCGUCGCAUGGGACCGCCGCCGCCGUCGGCGCCCGCACCGCGGCCUCAUCGUGCUCACCGAGGCCGAGCGCGCGCGCCACCUGCUCAAGUACGCCGGCUUCCGCGACCCGGACCUGGCCGUGUCCAAGGCCGGUGGGUGGGUCGGGCUCAACACCUUCAACCCCAAGGCCAAGGUCGUGCCCAUCCCGGGCAAGGAGUUUGGCGUCACGGCGAGCCUGCUCGUCGACUACAACGCCGUGUACAGCCUCGAGCGGACGGACGUGAUGCGCCUGCAGGCGUUUGGCAUCGAGCUCUUGCCUACGGCCAUGCGGGACAGGGUCCUAAACAUGUCCACGCACGGCUCUAGGCAGGAUGUGGUGCAUGCGUUGGAAAAGGUGCUCGUGACCAACGCUUUCGAGGUCAAGGUGGACGACGAUAACACGAAUGGGCUCUAUGCCUUGUUCCCAGACACUGCUCGUAUGAACCACGACUGCCGACCCAACGUAAGCUAUCAGUGGGACUACAAAACCUUUACCCAAUACGCCACCGCGCUCCGAACCAUAUACCCCGGCGAAGAGCUCACCGUCUCAUACAUCAACGGCCUCCGCCCCUACAAAAAGCGCCGCGCCGCCCUCAAACGUUCCUGGGGCUUCGCCUGCAGCUGCCCCGUCUGCUCCCUCGCCGAGCUCCUCAUCAGCCUCCUCGAGCAGGAGCGCAUGCACGUCCUCAUGGGCGAGGCCUACGCCUACGCCGCCCUCGAGUGGAACGGCGUCGGCGAGGCCUGGACCGCCGCCCGCUACGCCCGCCGCGCCAUCGAAGAAGAGGUCAUGCAGCUCCGCGAAGAGGCCGGCGAGGACAUCGAGGACAUGAUGGCCCUCGUCGACGACCCUUGGGAACACUGGAGCUGGCUCUGGCGGACCCGCAAGCGCAUGAACUGGAAACCCCUCGACGCCGCCAAGAAAAAGGAGAUUGACGAGGCCGUCGUCGAGGCCGCCACCGACCCUACCCCGACCGUGGAAGCUACCCCCGAGGCCGAGGCCAGGGCCGAGCAUGAGCCCGAACCGCAGCCGGAGCCGGUAGCGUAG